AUGCUGAUCUCCACUUUACCAGGCCCAGUGGAGGUGUCUAUCUCCUCUCGCGGGCAUAGCACCACUAGGACCAUGCCUGAGGCCUCCUCUUCAUCUACACCGGCCGUGAAGAGGGCAUGUGAUGCCUGCCAUCGACGUAAGGUCAGGUGCAUCGGAGAUGGCACACGGCCUUGUAAGAACUGCACAUCUGCUGGUCUGACGUGCACGUACAACGCCAUACCUCAGAAGAAAGGGCCAAAGGGAAGCAGGGCCAAGGUCAUAUCGGAGCUGAGAGAGACGCAGCGACAGUCCCAGCUUGCUGCUAAGCGCAAUGGAUGGGAUCUGGAUAGCCCAGUGCAUUCACCGGCGGACCUCAAGAAGGCUGGCCUCCUUUCCGUGGAGAUGAUGACGGCCUGCGUUGACUACUUCUUCGCCAACCUCUACCCGACGCAGCCGAUAUUGCAUCGCCAGAGAGUGGGCGAGGUCAUCGGCCAAAUGGAAACCAGCAUCGAGGCAUACUGUCUAGUUGUCUCCUUGUGUGCGUACAUGAUGAUUCAGCCAAACAUGAUAAUUCCGCCUGAAGCAUUCAAUGGCUUGGACAUACCACCACAACCCAGCUUCCAGCUCGGACAUACGCUGUUACAAGAGGCGCUACGAGUGCGCAAAGGAUACAACUACAUCGAGAGCCCGAGUGUCUGGAGCGUCAUUACAUCUUUCUUCUUCUUCGGAAGCUAUUUCUGCCUAGAUCGACACAAUACCGCGUGGUUCCACCUCAGGGAAGCCACAACCCUCGCCCAAAUCAUGGGCAUGCACGAAGAAGCGACCUAUCGCACGACAGAUAUAAUUGAGAGCUCCAGGCGGCGGCGUCUGUAUUGGCUCCUCUUCGUGACCGAGCGAGCUUACGCACUUCAGCAACACAAGCCCCUCACUCUUCACGCGACCAUCAACCUUCCAACACUUGACGAGGAUCCUGCCGAAACAGUGGAGCUGAAUGGCUUCAUUCACCUUGUGAAUCUCUUCCGUCCUUUCGACGACACAUUCGUGGGCUUGUGGAACAAAGCGCGAGUCGGGUGUAUGACAGAAUGGUUGGCGCGAUUGCAACAGCAAUUAUCGGAGGCGUUACCUGGAUAUCUGCAAUGUACAGAGAGCCAAGCGGUCGAUCUCCGCACUUCGCAACAAUGGCUACGGACUAUGGUGUGGCAACUCUCCAUCAGACAUGGUUGUCUGUCUUCAGCGGCGUCUGACAACGCCAUGAGCUUCCAGUUUCCGAUCGAAGUUUCACGCGAUCUGGUCUCAUCGGCGCAGCAGUUCACUCAACCAGCGAUGGAAAUCCAUGGCAUUGGACUGAUAGAGAAACUGUUCGAUGUGGCUUGCACAUUGACAGACGUUAUGUCCGUGAUACCUCACGAGCAGUACACUUUCGAGUUCGGGCCCAGGGAUUAUCUGAACCAGUUGAUGACGCUCAUAUCGACGCUUCGAGGUGGACAGCAACGCUACCUGCCGCUCUUGAUGCAGAAGAUCAACGAUACCAUGCCAAACACUUCUGGAUAUACUAUUCCUGCAAUCCCGCCGACCUUACGAUCGGAAGAGGCAUAUGACGCCAACAGCAGCGCGCCAAACAGCAGCGAAUCCACGCCCUUCGGAAGCCCUCUUUCGGCAGGUGUUCAACCAUUCAGUAGCUACAUGGACCCUGUAGUGAGCAGUGGCAUGCACUUCGGAUCGGGAGCCAUCUCUGCGCCCACUUCAAUGUAUGGCGAUGCGCUUUCGCAGCUUGCAGCGUCUCAUGCAUUAUCUGGCGACCACAAGUACGAGUCGAGCGGCUGA